UUCUGUGCUGACAGAAGAAGGGAAAUUUCAGGUUGUGUUACGCAGAUACUUUCCCACUCUUUCAUCAACAUGGAAAGCUCAGAUUCUAACGAUAAAGGAAGUAUUGAUCACUCAGAAGCACAGCGCCGGAGUCAGCUGGAUCGAUUAGAACGUGAAGAAGCUUUCUAUCACUUUGUAAAUAACCUGAAUGAAGAGGACUAUAGGCUUAUGAGGGAUAACAAUUUGCUAGGAACACCAGGUGAAAUUACUGAAGAAGAAUUGAUGAGAAGGCUACAUCAAGUUAAAGAAGGUCCACCACAGCAAAAUGGUGAUGAGAACAGAGGUGCAGAAUCCACAGAAGAUGUUUCUAAUAGAGAUUCCAUAAUAGACUGGCUUAAUUCAGUACGACAGACUGGAAAUACCACACGGAGCGGGCAAAGAGGAAACCAGUCUUGGAGGGCAGUGAGCCGGACUAACCCUAACAGUGGUGAUUUCAGAUUCAGUUUGGAAAUAAAUGUCAACCGUAAUAAUGGGAACCCAAACCCAGAAGCUGAAAAUGAGCAAUCUGUAGAGCCCUCUAAUGGUGAGGAUUUGGAAAAUAGCCAAAGUGACACUGAGACUCCAAGAUCUGAAUCGCCAUCUGUAAGGCAGCCUGGCUCAGACAGAAGUACCUCUGAGGAGUUAGCAACUGAGGAAGCAUCUCCUCUCAGAGGCCAGAGAAGAGCAAGAAGCAGGAGCCCAGAACAACGAAGAACCCGGGCUAGGACUGAUAGAAGUAGGUCACCUAUUAAUCCAGCAAGUGAGACUCCUCGCAGAUCUCCUCACAAUAUGCCAUCUCAGACACUUGAUCAUUCCCUCGUAAACGAAUCUGAGGGAAGUUCUAGAACUAGACAGCAUGUGACGUUAAGGCAACAUACGACGGGGACUGAGAUUGCAAGUGAAAAUGCAGUUCUGUUUUCAACCCCUGAAACAAGACCUGCUCCUCCAGCAUUAGGUUCUUCAGAAACAAAUGGCAGCAGUGAGUCUGCAGCUCCUGGACAGAGGCCACCUACUAUAGUUCUUGAUCUUCAAGUGAGAAGAGUCCGUCCAGGAGAAUAUCGGCAGAGAGACAGCAUAGCCAACCGAACCCGAUCCAGGUCCCAGACACCAAACAAUACAGUCACUUAUGAAAGUGAACGUGGAGGGCUUAGGCGUACAUUUUCACGUUCAGAACGGGCUGGAGUGAGAACUUAUGUCAGUACCAUUAGGAUUCCUAUUCGUAGAAUCAUAAACACGGGCUUUAAUGAGACAACAUCGGUCGCAAUUCAGACCAUUCUAAGGCAGAUAAUGACAGGUUUUGGAGAAUUAAACUAUUAUAUGUACAGUGAUGGUGAUGCAGAUCCUAAUGGCCCAGCCCCAAACCAAAAUGUAGAUGCUCCUGAGCUACAGAAUGGAGGUGAUAGUGGUAGUACUAGUUCACGCAAUGAAAGUACUGAAGGUAGCUCAGGGGAGGUAUAUGAAAGUAGUAAUGAAGGAGGUUCAACAUCUGCUAGGCGGGAAGGUCGGAAUACUAGGGGAUCAGUCACUUUUGAAGAAAGUGGCUCUUUACCAUUCCUUAGCCUAGCACAGUUUUUUCUACUAAAUGAGGAUGAUGAUGACCAGCCAAGAGGACUCACCAAAGAACAAAUUGACAACCUAGCAUGGAGGAAUUUUGGUGAAAGCGAUGCUCUGAAAACCUGUAGUGUCUGUAUUACAGAAUACACAGAGGGCAACAAGCUUCGUAAACUGCCUUGUUCCCAUGAGUACCACGUCCACUGCAUUGAUCGCUGGUUAUCAGAAAAUUCCACUUGUCCUAUUUGUCGUAGAGCAGUCUUAGCGUCUGGUAACAGAGAAAGUGUUGUCUAAAUGAGAGCUGAAUUUGUGGCUGAACAGCUGGUGUAAUAGUGAUGGGCAGCAAGGUCACUUUCAUUAUGACCACUUUUUGAGUGGUGCUUCAAUGUAAAGUAAUGAGUCUGGCUGCUUCGUCCCUCAUGGAAACAUUUUCUCAGAAUUAAAGCUUUUAAAAUGGGAAUCUCUUUAAAUUAGAGUCUCCAAAUCUAUUCAGUUUCAGUGUCUCGAAUUUCAGACAAUUUUAUUUCCUCAAAGACACCUAUUUGUUAUAAAUUUCUCAUUUUUUUCAUCAUCAAGACUGUUAAGCUCCUUCCCCAUCCCCUCCCCAAUGCAUUGUGAAUCUUAAAGACCUCAGCACUCAACUCAUCCCUGUAAGGAACUUAUCUGAGAAGUCAUCCUAGCUACAGCACAUGCUUCAUAGUGGAUUUUUAAAAGCAAACCCAGCUAUCCCACUGAAUAUGAAAUUCAUGCAACUGCACCCUUAAAUAUAAUUUUGGUUAAUUUUCAUAUUGGGUAUUCUUGGACACAUGAGUGCAGAUAACACUAAUGUUAGCCCUUUUCCCAUUGUACAGCUGUCUCCAGCCCAUCACUAUGGCACUCUGUAGAGUGAGCUGAUAGCUUAAUCGGGAUAUUUAUCUUGUGGAAAUAUAAGAAUUGCCUAUGCUUGUUUAAAUAAAAAAAUCACAAUUUUUGUUUUACAAUUGUAAAGCUUUUUUGUAGAAGCUCAGUACUUUUCCAGUGCACUGUUGUACUAAUGCAUUAAGAAUUAAAAUUGUACCAUGCUUAGAAAUGAAGAGAAUGCUUUUCAUAUAAGACCCACCACACACAGAGCAAACUAAAUACAAGCGAGCUGCUUUUGUAAAUGUUAUUGUCAAGAGCAGUGCAUAUCUGUACUAUUUAAUUUAUGUGAACAGCUACUGUAACAUAAAACAGUUAAGAAUUAGACAUCUUAAUUUCAUUAAAACGGAUGGAAAUUGAAUGUUAUAAUUGCAAUGUCUUGGCUCAGUAAUG